UGGAUAAGCCGAUGGUGGGUGUGAUCUGACAGUCGAGGCCGGGUGCAGAGCUCGCUAUGCCUGGGCUCUGGGUGUUUGCUUUGCUGCUCAGUAGCCACCACCUCCUCCUCCUCUUCCUCAGUCAGGCUGUGGCCACAGAGAGCAGCCAGGACCGAGUGUCGUCGCUUUCUGCAGCUGUAGGGAGAAUUGAAAUACCUCUUUUGGAGGAUGUGUCUGUCCUUUUGCUCGCUCAUGAGCGGAAACAAGUUGUCGUUAGAAACAUCAACCAAGAGAUCGUCUCUGUGGUUACUCACGUAUAUACCAGGGAACAAAAUGUCACCGUAUCACCAUCAAAGACUUUCCCUGCAGACUCGUCGUAUACAAGCUCCAGUGCUGGUGUAGUCACACUGCUGAGACCAGCUGCUACCAAGGUAUCAUUCUACCUGCGAGGAGGAGAUAAGACUUUGUCAGCACGUCUAUUUGCGGUUCCCUACACCGCUGAAGAUCCCGUACCUGGUACCUGCAACACUGAGUUCAUCUUAGAAAAUGAUCCCAAUGUACAUUUGACAUACAAUGUCUUUGAAACCAUUGUAAUGUUUGCACCAGCGAACCUGGGGGCACCAAGAGGGGUAUCUCCCCCUGCCUGCGAUGUUGCUAUGAACUCUCACACGAGAUGGAGGCUGAGCUAUGACAUUUACCAGUACUUUUUACCCGAGAAUGACAUGACCAAUAAAAGCUUUCUGGAAGGAAUGAGCAAAAUGUCGUCAGUGCAGAAGGUGGAACAGAAUGGGCUCAAGAUCACUACAAUAACUUCGUCCCAGCAGACGAUACUCUUUGCUAACUCGUAUAUUGGUAUCGGAGUGAUAUACGGUGUCAUUGUCAGGGACCCUCUGCUGAACACCUCUGCAAAUUACCUUCCUGUUCCCACAUACGCCUGUAGGCUGACCUCAGAAGGACACACGUGCCAGCAUUCAGGCUCCUCUUUCAUCUGUAUGCAGGUUAUCUGCACAGCAAUUGGUCUCUAUGGGUUAAUUCUGUGCUUUUUUGGGCACAGAAUCUUUGAAGCAGAAUUUUUCUUCUUUGGAUUCCUGAUUUUCGGGUUCGUGCUAUUUGUGUUGCUAACACGACUCUCCACACUCAACAUUGUCAGUCGGCUGAUUAUCACAGUAGCAGCUGGUGUAAUGGGCGGCUUUGCCCUGUCCCUGGUGAGAUGGAGGUUUGGUGUUCCUGUGCUCUGUGUGCUGCUUGUGGGAUUGGCGCUGGGCUUUUUGGUGGCAGCAAUCGUUGCCUUUACUCCACUUGCAAAUUUUACUUUAUUCCGCAAUGAUUUCAACUUCUGGAUGUCCUAUGUCUGUGUGAUGCUGGUGGUUCCUACAGUUCUGCUUCCUAUUUCAAAAGCACUCAACAUUAUCACGUGUGCACUGGUUGGGUCUUACGCUGUAAUUGUUGCAGUGGGGGUUUAUAUCUACACUAGCCUGACUUACAUCAUUCUGAAUAUCAUCAAGAGAGCAAUUUACCCCGACUUUGCCAAAGUGUCCAGUGGUUCUGUACCCUUUCAGUUGACAGAUUAUGUCCUGACAGGUGUAUGGGCAUUGCUGUUUCUCUGUGGUUUAACACUGCAGUUUAUUUUGGAGAGAAAUAAGCCAUAUUUCCCCCCUUGUCCAUACGAUAAAUGGAAAAAGAGGAGAAAUCCAACAACAUGUGGAGAAAGAACACCUCUCCUACACGCAUCGUAGAUAAAGACUUUUCCUGUGUGGUUGAAUUCACCUUUCAUGCUUUUGCUCUUUCAUACUGAAUAUCCAUUGCACAAUAACAGUGGCUCGCAGAAUUAUUCUCAAAACAUUUCAGGUUCACAUCCUAUACAAUCUAUUUUGGGAUGGUUGAAACUUUUUAGAAAUAAUUCCAGAAGUAUAUCAAUUUGUUAAUUUUUGUACCUUCUUUAUCGUACGUUACAAGCCUUGCUGAAAUAGUGGAUUUGUACUUAAAACAGCAAAUUAAUUUAGGGUAUGGAUAAUUUCUUAUGAUUUUAUUCAGUCGAUCUCCUGCCUAAUCUUCCCAGUGUGGAGUCAUUGUUUUUCAGUGCCAAUCCUUCCAAUGGUGUGAGUGGGGAAAUGUUGGGUGGGUCGGAGCUACAUGACACCAUCUGAGCAGCAAAAUCACAAGUGUUACCUACCUCAUGAAUGGGGGAAAUCUGAAUUGAGUUUCACUUCUACAAUACAGAAGUGAACAAAUGUGUAGAACAUAAAAGUAUGUAUCCACAAUGCUUGAAGAUAUGUUGAAAUAUUUUAUACAUUUGAUUCAUUUUCAUUGUUAGAUAAAUUAGAUUGCACACAUUUGUUCUCUUAUUUUGUCAUAUGUGAUUAUGUUUAUAGAAGAGAUAACGCUGAAUAAACCGAGGAAUAAAAUU